GCAAAGCUUCUACAAUGGGCUCCUGCAUGCGUGGCUUAACUGCAACCAGCGGCUGCAUUGCACAGGGCUCCGCUGACUCAAGUGAUCCCCCCGCGGGCCGAGCUCAGCAGAGGAGGGAAGAGGGGCAGCCUCGCGUGCAAGGGAAGAGCAACACGCCGAUGCGUGCACUGCGCGCACUCGACCACAAACACACUCCGAGGCUCACACAAUAUCCCUCUCACUCGUGGGUUGUGACCGGCCCAUGGCAUUGGCCAGAUGGCUUUUGGCCUCUCCCUCCUGCCCGCCGUCAUCGCCGCGGAUCCAGCGACCCGACAGCUCGGCCCAGUCGGUGUACUUGGCCAUAUCUGCAUGCGACCUGUCUGCCAUAUGUAAUAUCAAAGCCUCUGUCAGCACCGAGCUCAAUGGGAACAAAAGAGAGGCCUUCAUUAAUGAUUAACUGUUCUAAAAGCCCCGGCUUUUGUAUUCCCAUGGUGCCGAGGCUAUCUGGCCGCCAUGUGACAUGCUCGCAGCGUUUUUCGAGCAGAUUGGGGAAAGCUAGUGAGCAAACACAGGUGCUUUGGAGCGGCGUUGGCGACGCUGUCAGGGACAACCACAAACAAGAGCAGCUAUGCCUGGCUAAAUGAAUCCCGCCUGCCACCCCCCAGCAUCCCCCCCACCACAAAAGUCCAACGUCCACCGCAACUUCUCACACCCCUCCAAAGAAACAAACAAAUAAAAGUGAGGACGGCCGACUGCUUCUUUGAGGUGAUGGCAUUUGCGGCUGGUCUUGACUAGUGGAAGAGCAAACAAAUUAACGGUGUUCCAGUUUUCACUUUCCAAACCAAACUAAAUGUCUUUUAGUUCAAGUGGGGCAAUUCCACUGACCUCAGUGUCAACCGCUGUGUAAGGACUUGCACGCUCACGCACUUGAAAUAACCAGAACGAAAUUACACAGGGCUCGAGUACGACCGCACACACGGCGGGUGUAUUAAUACGCAGCAAAGUGACAGGUCACAAACAAAUCUUCCUGAAAUAGUACGCGCAUUGAUUUAGACCCAAACUUGAACUGAGAGCGUACGGCAAUUAACCUUUUCAUCCAGACUGACUUGAUUGUUCACCCCGACUGAGCUCCUGUGUCGCUCUUUACUUUGAUAAGACAAUCUGAUGAUAGGAUGCCGUUAUCUUAACACGGCUUUCCGGUUGGGAGACAAAUGAACAAUGUGUGAUAACGGGAACAAAAGCUCACCUCUUAUUGGCCCAACCGGCUUUCCGAUGGAAAAAUCACCGGCAUGGAAAAUUCACCAUUUCAUUUUCAAUUUUCUUCCCAGGCCUUUUAAAAGCAGUCAUACAUUUAUAAUGUCUCUUGUUGCUGUUUAAAUUUCAUGCUCAGUAAUUAACCUAGCCUAUAAAGCAUUUAUUGUCUGGAAAGAUGAUAAAAAUGUAUUUAAACAAACAUUUGGAAUAAACCGCAAGAGGAAAUGAAGUUGUAAACACGAGGAAGACCGAUUUGCAAUUAGAUCACGAAGCGUCAGUAAAAACAUAAAAAGAGAGGGUAAAAUUGAUGUUUUCGUUUGUGGAGCAGAGAAAGAGGCAUUUCCAUUCUUUUCUGCAGCUCACAAUUCUCAAUUCUCUCGAGCAAUUGUAGUGCUAAAAUGUUAAAAAAAA